AUGCACAGUCUAGUGCUAGCUCUCUGUGCCGCGGCCUGCACGCUGUCGGCCCUCGCGCUCCCCUCGUCCUCGUCGACCUCCACCUCCCGCCGCCGCCGCACCGAGUCGGACCCGCUCGCCGCCCUCUUCUCGUCGCACGGCCACUGGGUCGACACGCGCAAUGCGUCCUCAACGUGGAUGCCCUCGGACGACGAGUCGACCACCUUUCGCCGCAACGAGCACCGCUGGCUCGUCGACUCGGACUCGGACUCGAACGCCUCGACCGCCGCGCCGCUCGUCCGCCUGUCGCGCAACGACAUCCUCGACUGCCUCGCCGGCGAGACUGUCACCAUCUGGGGCGACUCGACCGCCCGCGUCCUCUACUACGGCCUCAUCAACAAGCUCGAGCCGACAGCCGUCACCGACAAGCACGCCAACCGCGUCCUCUCCUUUGCGCCGCCAAACGACAAAGGCGGCGACCGCAACGCGACGUUCGAGUUCCGGUGGGACCCCGUCCUCGGCUCCAACUCGUACUCGUCCUUCCGCCCCUUCCUCUCGACCGGCCGCCUCCGCGACGUGCGCGCCGUCCUCGCGCUCGCCGUGCGCCUGCGCCUCGCCCGCACCGCGCUUGUCCUCGCCGAGGUCGAGCGGCCCGUGCAGAGCAAGGACAAGGGCGGGUGGCACCCGGCGCACGAGGUCGAUCGCGCCAACGAGUGGCUCAGGGAGGAGGUGGUGAGGUGGAAGGCAAACGAGGGCGCGAGGGCUCGCACGCGCGUCAUCGUCGGCUCCGUCUUCAACGCCAUGAUCGCCAACCUGUCGGCCAACACGCCCGACGGCCUCCACUACGACCUCGCCCUCGCCGAGGAGCAAGCCGACGUCCUCCUCACGGCCCUCUGCCCGUCGCCCCUCGCCGCCUCGCCGCCCUCGUCGUCCGACCUCGGCACCACCACCGCCGUCGUCGGGCACCUUGACGACGCCGUGUGCGUCGCGUGCGCGGCAAGGGCCCUCGGCGCAGCGGCAGCUGCCGCGCUCGCGCUCGGGUGCGCCGUGUGGCUCGUCCUGACGCGCAAGCGCCCGCGGCGGCCCGCCCGAGGUGGGCCGCCGGGCGAGGGGUACGAGCUCGUUGCGGGGGCGGCGCCGGGCGAGGGCGAGGGCGAGGGCGAGGGCGGGGAGGAUCGAGGGCGAGCGGCGAGAGGAGGUGGGGCGGGCUGA